GCGGCGAGUCCCUGCUCCUUUCCGUGCUUGUGGGUGGUGAGGCUGCGCUCCUCACCGCUGCGGCGGCCGUGGUGGGCUACACUGGCUUUCAGCUGGUCCUUGGCGCGGUCCUUGGUCUCCUCGCAGCGCAGCUCUCCGCAGCCUGGGCGCAGGAUUGGAUUCCGGCUCAAGUCCCAUUCUGGUACCUCCUCUUCUUGGCUCUGGGAGUGGCGGCCACCGGCUACGGGGGCAAGCGGGCGAGCGAGUUGUUGGGCUUCGCCGCCGGCGGCCUGCUGGUCUCUAGCAGCCUGGUCUUCUUCCUUGCCGAGAUCCUCUCAGAUCUCACCUUCCCGCGCUCCUGGGCCGACGCAGUGAACGCCUACGUCAACGGCGUGCAUCCGAAGGAUCUCGGGGCCUUACCCCUCUUUGUCCGGCUGGUCGGCUUCGCGGCCUGGGUGGCCUUCGUCGCUUUGGGCCCGAGCCUCUCAGUGACGCUCAAGAGCAUGGUCCUGAAGGAGGACUCCGAAGGCCUGAGGAAGCCGCUACUUGGCAAUGCCGACACCGACGCCUGA